AUGGGUGAGUUACAGAAUCUAAAGCUCUUGGAUUUGAUGAAAACGAAUUCUCUUGAAAUGAUAGCACCAAAUGUCAUAUCAAGGAUGACUCAGUUAGAGGAACUGCGAAUGGGAAAUAGCUUUGGCAAGUGGGAAGUUAUGGAAAAUGGAGAUGCAAGACAAGCAAGCUUAGCAGAGAUGGCAUCCUUGUCUCGGCUAACUGUUUUAUACAUCCAUGUGAAAAAUGUUGAAUGCUUGUCUCAGGACAUCCCUGGUCCAUGGAAAAACCUAAAGAAAUUCUGCAUAUGUGUGGGAAGAGAUUACAUGAACAGCAAAGCAGCAAGGAGUAUAAAAAUUGAGAAUUCACCAUGUCCAAAUGCAAAGUGGGUUGAGGUGCUAUUUAACAGAACCAACGAGCUAGAAUUAGUGCAUUGUAAGGGUCUUUACAAUCUCAUGAUGUCACAUGAACUAAGUUUCAAUAGCUUAAAGAUCCUCCUUAUCAAAGAAUGUGGUGAAAUGGAACAUUUGUUAAGUGUGGAAGAAGGAGAAGAGCCUCCUCGAAAUGUAUUCGAGCAUUUGAAGGAGGUGGAUCUGUAUUACUUAAAGAACCUAAAGACGUUCUGCCGGGGCCCACUUCCAGCCGGUUCCCUCCAAAACCUGAGAAAGCUCAACAUAUCUCGUUGUAAUAAAUUAAUCAAUAUUAUGCCAUCUGAUCUGCUCCAGAAUAUAGAAGAACUCAAAGUAAGUCACUGCCAUGGGUUGGUGGAAGUCUUUCACUUCCAAGAUACCUCAAAAGAAGAUGCCCUACUUUCAAAAUUAAGGAAACUUCAAUUGUAUAAUCUAGCAGAACUGACAAGUAUUUGGAAGGGGGUCGUACCUCCUCUUGGUAGCUUCCACCAUUUAGAGUACCUAAAUGUCGGCCAUUGCAAGAGACUGAGAUAUGUCGUCUCACCUGCUCUGGCACAAAUACUUCAACAAUUAAAGAACCUUCGCAUUGGGGAGUGUGAGAAGAUGGAGAAAUUGAUAGGUGUAGAAGUAGAUGAGAGCACAACUGCAUCAUUAUCAUCAUCAUCAGGGUCAAGGCAAUCAGAACUGACGUGUUCCCUUCACUCACUUCCACAUGGAACAAUGUUCCCCAACCUUGAAACAUUGUACAUUUAUAAAUGUGAUGGCCUCCAAAAUCUCUUUUCGUCGAGUGUUGCGCAAGGUCUCUGGCAACUCAAUUGUCUCUCUAUCAUCGAUUGCAAGGGAAUGGAGGCGAUAAUAGCCAAAGAGGCAGACGAUGUAGUGGUGGAUCAAGGCAUGCUUCCAAGGUUAAGGACAUUAGAAUUACAAGGGUUAGAACAGCUAACAAGCUUCUACCAAGGAGUUAGGGAUCGAUACCAAGACCUCAAGUGUUGA